AUGCCCGAACAUGCCUUGACUUUCUUGGACCUCCCUUUCGAAAUCUAUUUGCAGAUUCUAACGCAUCUACAUUUUGAGGACUAUGUUGCCUUGACCAUGGUGAACCACCAGUUGAGAUCAAUGCUCGAUACACCGAUGGUAUUGGCCCAUGUGUAUGACCAGUUUUUCAAACCUGUUUCGACCAGUUAUGGUUUUUAUCCGAUCAAGAUAUCAAAGAAGGUGACAUAUAGCGUGUUUCGCCUUUUCUCGGACUUUACUACUAGAAAUCUAGACUUAUCAGAGGAGUCAUGCAUGAAUCUAUUGAAAGAUCCAGACGCCUAUUCUACUUUAGCAUACUUGUUGGUCUUGAAUGAUAUGCAUCUUAAAUAUCAGGUAAACCAAUUUGAUAAAACUCGGUCCUUGGACCUCUCCGGUUACGCCUUCUUGAAGAAAGCUUUCCAGGCGCAGAAUUACGAGAUAGCAAACGGAUUCUUCCUCUGGGCAGGGAAUGAGUUAAGUGAAGAGACCCUCUAUCAGAUUUCACGAUAUUCAUCUGAUUUCUUUGAGAAUGCCCAUUGGAGAGGAAUAGUACAUCGCCGUAUAAACGCCAAGCUUGAGACAAUGAAUUUGCCGCCAGAUUCUCUGCUGCUCACGUUUCAUGAUAUCGAGGAAUUCACAGGGUUCAUUAAAGAAUUUUGCUAUGCCGUGCUACAUCAGCUCCCCCGAAGGAGGAUAGUUGUCGAGCGUGGAUGGAGUACAAUUGCUGCAUUCUACGCUGGCUUGCCCUGCGGUGGCCCCAAUGAUGAUCUUAGUAACACCUUUCGAUUGUUCAUUCUCAAAAAGUUUUUAAUCGAUCGGAUAUUUCGCCGUUUGAAUAUCGUUAUUAUGGGUGAGUCUUUUGAAAUUAACGUCGCUGUGUCCUCGAAGGUACUUUUCGUGGGACCGAUUUCACUCGUGGUGUCGGAGAGUGGCAGAUCCAUCGCAACUAUGCUAGUUGAACACCUAAGGGCGUUCGGAAUCUAUAGGUUCUUGGGUUCUCCUGAGCGUUAUCUUCUUGACUACCAAUAUGUUGCUAACGAUAUUCGGUUGAAAAGUAUAGAUAAUGCCGUCAAUUGGAUCGCUGCCGUCCCCAGCACGUUUUCUUUCGAAAUUGUCAAGUACAUCUCCGCGGGCGAAGUUGUUAAUACGGCCAAAUUCUUAAAAAACUUCAGAAUAGCCCCCAAGCAAACCAAGAAAGAGUUAGCUGGCUUUGAAUUGCUUUUCAAACGAGGGCAAUUGGUGCUGAGCAAAUUCCAUGGCAUCAUAGGCGUAAUCAUCUCAGAUACUCCAUCAGUGAGUAAAUGGAUAAAAAUUGCUGGAAUUAAUUCUGGAAUAACAGACCGCUUCAAGAUUGGUGACUUUCAGAAGAUACAUCCACUGCUGAUUGCCAAAAACAGCAAAGAACUUCGUCAAUUUUUGGACCCUCAGCAAACAGUGGCUGAGAACUUGAACACUGAACAACAUAUCAAACAUAAGCUAUUGACUAUUGACUAUACGGUUUGUCUACUACAGAGAAGAGUUCAGGCUUACGAAAUUCAGGUGUUCAUCAGUGACGGACUGGAAACUUAUGACUACAGCAGAACAACUAAAUAA